UGCCAGGAGGAUGGUGCCAUGCUCUUUUCAGUGGUGCCCAGCAAUAGAACAAAGGGCAAUGGCCAUAAACUGAAACACAAGUUUCACAUCAACAUGGGGAAGAAAUUCCUUAAGCUGAGGGUGGCAGAGCACUGAACAGGCUGCCCAGGGAGUUGUGGAAUCUCCCUCUCUGGAGACAUUCAAAACCUGCCUGGACACUUUCCUGUGCAACCUGCUCUUGAUGGCCCUACAUUGGCAGGGAGUUGGACUGGAAGAUCUCCAGAGGUCACUUCCAACCCUAAUGAUCCUGUGAUUCUGUGAAAUUUGGAAGAGGAACAGGCAUCUCCAGGACACUAAGGAUAUGUGCCUCUUGCUAGGAGGCUGAGUACUGUUUCUGCAAACCUACCAGAGAAGAGGUGUCUGAUGCCAAAAAGAAAGCUGAACUACGGAUAUUACAGAGAGAAGAAGAAGAAAGGACGAGGAGAGAGCAAGAGGAAGCCAAAAUUCAAGCUGAACUAGAAGAAGCAGCAAAACUUGAAAAGGAGAGACUUGAACAAGAGAUGAUGACAAAGCUUGCGGCAAAAGAUCGAGAACGAAGGGAACUGGCAGAACUUCAUUCACUGGAACAGAAGUUUUUCUCUGCAGAGCAAUGGAAAAUUGAUUAUAGAGCACAUGCAAAGUGGGAGCAUUACCUCAGUUGUGAUGAAAAUCCUGACCCAACUGUACUGCGGGAAAUAAAUACUUUCAUGAGCUUAUGGCGUGAAGAUCAAAAUAAGGACAUUAAACUUGUGAUGGAGAAAGGGGAGCAGGUGCUAAAUUUAAUUGAGAAGUUGCAGCUUCUUUUAUUGGAUGCAUCAUCAAAUCAGUUAACAGAAAAAGAAAUAGUCCAGUACCAGGAAUCUAUUUUGGAGCUGCAGAAUCUGCUUCAUGAGAAGUACAAUGGAGCUACAGAGCACCUGCUUAAAACAGCCUGUAUGUAUGAAGAUUCUGAAACUGGAAAUAUGCAUGCAGUCAUAAAGGAUAAAAAUGUCACUUUCUGUAUCUGGGUCAACUUGAAGAAGAAAGUAAGGUUCAAAAGUCAUAUGUUUUGUGAUGCACAGCAUGGAUUUGAUCUUCCAAAGUCACUGGCUGUGAGCAGUGUUGCUGUUCGCAUAUUGCAUACUCAUUAUGAUCAUGUGUCUCCACUUUGGCUGCAGUGUCAGAGUGUGCCAAAAUUGGAAGUCUUAGAUAGCAAAGAGUUAAUUCAGGAUUCAAAAGAUGAUGUAGAACCAGGAGAAGAGGGAAACAAAGCCAAUGAAGACCCCAGCAUGCCUGUUAAAGAAGAGCCCAGCAUGCCUGCUGAAGAAAAAACAUGUGGUAGGAGAAAGAGUGUUGGCUCAUUCCAAGAAAACAUCAGUAGCAUAGCUGAUGUAAAUGAGACAGGGGAGGAAGCUGAGAAGAAAUCAGAAAUCUUGGACAUAUCAUCACUAUCACUAGCUCAGGAGCCACUGAUACAGGAAGAGAUGAGUGAAAAAGAAGAGCCAAAACCAGAUGAAAACAUUGUUGACUUGCAGCAGUUUGUACCCGUGGGUGGUGUGUACCAUAUUGAUGCUCUGCAGGUUCCACGUCAGGUCAAACGAAUCAAGGACUGGAGUAUGGUGGAGUUACAUAAUGUUGGAUUGGAGGCAUAUCCAUAUCCCCCAGAAGAAGCUGAAGAUGCCACACAUCCACCAAUAGAGAUAACCCUUAGGCUUUCUGACAAUGUGAUGUAUUUUGCAGCUCCUGUGAUAGCCCGCUGGGAACCUGCAGGCCAGCAGUGGAGAACUGAUGACAUUAGCAACACAACAUAUGAAACAGCAGAAAAGAGUAUCACCUUUAAGAUGGGGGCCUUUUAUACAAUAGCACUUCUCCAGGAUGCUCAUAUCAACAUGCCAUAUCAGGGAUGGGAACUGCAACCUACUGGCACAGAUGAAGCACUACUUAUAGUUACUACAGUCUUUGCAAUGAUUCAUAUACAAAUCAAGGGUAAUCAGUGUAUGUUGUCUUCAGUAGUGGUGGAAGAGAAGCAGGUGCUUUCCCACAUCACAGGAAAAUGGAUAAGUCCACUUAACCUAAGAGAAGUUUUGAAAAAAGCUGGUGUGAAUAUUUUUCCAGGAGAGCGUUCUUACACAUACCUCUCUCUGAACAAGAAGGCACCCAUAGCAGAAGCUAAGGCCUAUCAGCAGAUGGCACUGCUUGCAUCUGCUUUUGCUUUUGGCAGGAGCAAGUGGAAUCUAGAAGCAGGCCAAGAGCAAGUAGUGUUCAAGGUAAGUGAGCAUCUUAAAGCAGAAUCUGUCAAAGACUGGUCUCUUUAUCUGUUUAAUGGUCAGAAAGCACAAAAGCUCAAGAUCACCGAAAGCAGUGAAGCUUUUUCAGAAGAGAGAGAGGAAGAUUCUGAAUUUCACUCCACAAUCUACCAUAUGCUUAAGGACUUUUCCAGCAAAGAAGCAAUAGAUAAAGUGGAAACAGCUAGCUUCCUGUUCACUGAUGUUGUAUAUCAGCUACUCCUCGCUACAAGAGUUUUAACAUACUCUUAAGUACUGCCUGCUUCUCUUUAAAACUUUAUUAGCAAAAGCUUUCAAUAAAGUUACAUUUCAAGUCUCAAA